GUUGACACGGCACCGUGUCUUUUUCCUAAACGUUGCUCCAGCCGAUACGCUUCCUCCAUGCCUCAUGGGAAGACAAUGCGGUCACCAGGUCGUCUGUGAACAUGCCGGCGUUUGACGAGCAUACCAGCACCGUCCUGAUCAUUAUAUGAGGGUACAUAACCGUCUGCGUGUGCUUGAUCACGUCCUCGUAACCCUCCUCAUCACACACAACUUCGGCGAGACGACCUGCCUGUCAUGGCCCAUAACAUGCUUGUUCUCACUGUGACGUGCCCGAUUCUAUGGGGUCUGUGGUAUCUGUACCGCAGGUCCGUGACCAAGUCUGCAAUCAAAUACCUUCCCGGCCCUCCUGCGCAGUCGUUCAUGACAGGCAACUUGAAGCAGCUAUUCUCGUUCGAAGGGUUACCGUUCCACCAUAUGUUAGCUUCGAAGUACGGGGGCGUGGCACAAAUCAAUGCUCUGUUCGGGGACCAGCAACUGUACAUCUCCGAUCCUCGUGCCCUGCACCACAUUCUCGUCAAGGAUCAAUAUGUGUUUGAGGAGAGUUCGGGUUUCCUGGUCUCCAAUCGGGUCAUAUUCGGCGCUGGACUGCUUUCUAGCAUUGGGGAGCAACACCGACAGCAGCGAAAAAUGCUGAACCCAGUGUUCUCUCCCAAGCAUAUGCGCGCUCUCGUGCCCAUCUUUUACGAUGUCACUGAACAGCUUCGCGACGUCUUCGCCAGGAAAAUCCAGUCGGGGGAGGAAGAAAUCGAUAUCCUGAAGUGGAUGUCGAGAGCUGCCCUCGAAUUCGUGGGCGUAGGAGGUAUCGGCUACUCAUUCCAAGCCCUGGAUGAAAACGUCGAUAACGUCUACGCAAACGCUGCCAAGAAGCUACCCUCAGCCUUGUUUACGCUGAUUCCGUUCCGGCCGCUCUGGACGCUCGCUGACGAAACGCUGCCGCUCGGGCUCCGGCGCUUCCUUGUCAAGCACCUCCCGUUCAAACGCGUCAAGGAGAUCCGCACUAUCGUUGAUGUCAUGCAUAACCAGAGCCUCGAGGUGUAUGAGAAGAAAAAGGCGGCCAUCGUGGCAGGUGAUGGGUCCAUCAACUCUCAGGUCGGCGAUGGGAAGGAUAUCAUGAGUGUCCUGCUGUGCGCAAACAUGGAAGCGUCUGAGAAAGAUCGUCUUUCGGAAGAAGAGCUUGUCGCACAGAUGAACACCCUGCUGUUUGCUGCACAGCAUACGACGAGCUCUGCAUUGUCUCGUAUCCUAUACAUGCUAUCGAACGACCAGGCAAGGCAAGGGAGGUUGCGCAAGGAGGUGACGGAAGCGCGCGAAGAACACGGAAACUUGGACUAUGAUAAAUUGAUGGGACUUCCGUUCCUUGACGCAAUCUGUCGCGAGACCCUGCGACUCGCUAGAAAGGACAUAUCCAUACCUCUGAGCUGGCCAGUGACCCUCACCAACGGCCAGACCAUCACCGAGCUGCCUGUGCGCAACAACCAGACAGUGCUCGUCUCCAUUGCGGGCACGAACCGGAGCCCCCUCAUCUGGGGCAAGGACGCGGCGGAGUGGCGCCCCGAGCGCUGGCUUGAGCCACUCCCGGAGAGUGUCGCAGCAGCAAAGGUGCCCGGCGUGUAUUCAAACCUGUUGACGUUCAUUGGCGGAGGCAGAGCAUGCAUCGGCUUCAAAUUCUCUGAGCUAGAAAUGAAGGUCGUCCUAUCCGUGCUCGUCGAGAACUUCGUGUUCCAACCAUCCAAGCACGAGAUUGUGUGGCGCCUGAGCGCUGUGCAGAUCCCAUCUGUCAAGGGACGCGAGAACGAACCGGCGCACCUGCCGAUGAAGCUCUCGUUCGCGAAGAAAUGA